GUUCCCCUUACUUGCAUAUAAAAGACUGAAUUCCAAAAAAUUAUUCACAUAUCACAUUUUUAUCUCUAUACUUUUGCAGCAUUGAAGAAAAAAAAUGGGUUCUCCAAAAUUACCGAUCACUAUAGUAAUACCAUUAAUUCUUUUAUUUUUUACCUAUGAUUCCAAGGGUGCAUCUUAUGAUACUUCUGGUUCACAGAUUAAACCAGUUGAUUAUGAGAAAGUAAAUUUAUCAGUCUACUAUGAAAGUCUAAGCAAUUCUUCUGCAGUUUUCAUUGUUAAGAAUCUUAGGGAAAUAUUCAACAAUGAUCUCAUUGACAUUGUCAAUCUUCAGUUAGUACCAUGGGCCAAUUCUCAUGUCAAUCAAACCAACAAUGCCAUUUCAUGUCAGAAUGGACCAGAUGAAUGUGAGCUAAAUUCUUUGGCAGCAUGUGCCCUCAAUAUUUGGCCUAAUGUGGAUGAACAUUAUAGUUUGAUUAAUUGCUUUGAGUUUCUGGCAAUUGAGAGAAAUAUCAAGAUGUGGCAGGAUGACUGUUUAAAGCAACUGGGUUUGCCUUUGGAGCCUUUUAUGAAUUGCUUUAAUAGAGGAAAUGGAACAGAGUUUGGACAAAAAUAUAUUGAUGAAACAGCAAAACUAGAUCCACCUCAUUCUUUUGUGCCAUGGGUGGUGGUGAACAAUCAACCUAUUGAAAAAGACUAUGAAAAUUUUACAGACUAUGUUUGCAAGGCUUAUAAAGGCGCUGCUAUUCCAGCAGUUUGCAAUGUUCAUUGAAUGAAAGUGAGAAAUAAAGUUACGAGCAAAUGAUCCCUGCUGAAUAUAUUACAUCUAUGAUUCUAUA